UGGACAUACCUUCUCAACAAGACGUCCUUGAAGCGUCACUCAGCUCGUCUAAAAGAAGUCUGCACUGCGUGUGCUCAAAUGCCAGGUUGCACCGGAACACCAAGUAUUCUUUCUGCAUGCUUAGUGUCAACAGAACCUGAACCAUACUUGAGAAUGUUCCCCGGCUUCGCUUCCACUGAUGCGUACAGCAAAAAAUCUCGUUCUGCUGGACCGGAUGACACCACUGUUACUCACAUAAUGGUUUUUCCAACUAGUGCUGAUAUACAGCUUGGUGCCGCUGAUCAACAUGCUGCUGGCGAUGAUGACUGGGAUAUGGACCUAGUUGAUAUGGAUAUCCCACAAGACGGAAACGAUCUUGGAGACGAUUUCUUGUCCAGUCUUUGUAUGGACACCGGCCCUCCACAACCAAGUGCUAGUUUCAGAACUGCAGGAAACUCAUUCUUCUCUGAGAACACCGCUGGUACUGAUCCAAAUCCUUUUGAGAUGUGUCAAUGGAAAACCAACCGCUGGCAACUGGUUAUUACGUAUCCACUGCACCUGCAGCUGAUGUGCCAGACUGGUUUUGGUCGAGCUGUCCAGGCGCAAAGAAUCGAACACCAGUUCAUUUGA